AUGACCAUUGAUGAGCCUCGACAGCGCUCCUCGUCAAGUCUCUCCAACGCAACUGAACGCGCCAACCGUCGCGGCCCACCGCUGCCGCUAUCGCCGAACCGCAACAACCUCCGCGCACUCUCCCCGCCGAACACGCUGCUCACGCCUCUGAGCGGCACGAAUCCCCAGUACUUGCUGCUGUCUCCUGGAGGUGCUGCACGCUCCCACAGCCCCCGAAGUCGCGCGCAUACCGUAGCCGACGGGAACCUGGUCCAGCGGCAGCACAGCUACGCCCAGCAGUCCGCCAUGUCCUUCUACCCUCCCCCUCCCCCGCCGCCCCAGCAGACGUCGAAUCCGGGCUCACACAUCCGCCUGCCUGGCCCCCCACCGCGGCCUACAACAGCCCAAAACCAUGGCGGAAUGCCAAUGCCCGGCUACUGGAACCCUCCUCCAGGCCAGUACCAGCAGCAGGGCUACAAUCCUAGUCUCUAUACCUCGUACCCUCUGCCACCUCCACCGUCCAUCCGACCGCCCCAGCAACAGCAGCAGCAGCCACGGGAGCCUCUGACUUCAGCCACAUAUGUUCCGGAUGGUGCCAGCUUCGGCCCAGGGGUCGGAAUCCCUCCUCUGAUCAACCCGCGAGAAUACGCCGAUGCUUCAUACUACGACAACAACAACAACAGCAGCAACUAUGCGCAGAACACCGAAAAUGCCCAGGGCAACUUCUCCAGCAUCCUCGACAGCGUGCAGAGCGUCAAGUACGGCACAAAUGCAGGCUACCACGCUCCCCCCACACCAAGCCGCACUCACUUGAACAUACCCAACAACAUAUCCACUGGAGACGCCCAAAACCACGACUCGCCAGGCCCGCCUACCGCGACCAUGCAAAAUACCCUCCCUCCGAGCAGUAGCAGCGUCUACUACCGCAACGACAACAACGGCACCGCGCCCAUUUCGCCCAAUGAUGCUUCUGCGCAAUGGCCUGCCGACCGUGUGCAGAUAUGGCUGGCGAACAACGGCUUCUCGAGAGACUGGCAAGAGACAUUCAAGACACUGGGACUAGAGGGGUCGAGAUUCUUGGACAUUGGACGGGGACAUGGCAGCAAGGGCAACGUGGCUAUGAUGCACCAAGUCAUCUUCCCCCAGCUGCAUAGACAAUGUACUGCAAGCGGAACUGGCUGGGAUCAGAACAGAGAAAGAGACGAGGGUCGCAAGUUACGCCGACUGGUGCGCUCCAUUGUCGAAACAGGCAGUUCAAGCAAUAGCAGGGUCCAGCCACGUUCCGACGCGGCUCUCACUUUGGCCAGUGCCGGCACAGAGGGUGGAGUCGAGAAUUCGCCCUACCUGGGCAAUAGAAUGGAUUUUGGGUCCACGCCAACAACAGCUGGGAAUGGCGAGGAGAGUCCGGGGAGGCAGUUGCUCGUGCAUUCGCCCACCUCCGCUACAAACCUUCCUCGUCGCAUAUCCGGUCAACGGAACUUCACAGUGCCCACCCUUGGAUCGCACCCUGACUUCUCCGAGGGUCCAGCGCGCACAGCAUAUACCAAAGAAGUACUGCGUGACCUGGAGCCCAUGAGCAAACGCCACAGUCCCAGCACCUCGGGCGACCUUGGCUCUAACCCCAUGAACAUAUUACCGGCUAUCGACAAGCGAGCCCGCAGCAUAGUCCCUGCCUUGCAGAAUGCUCGCGUUGCUACAAACGGUCAGCUGAGUGCUGGGCUAAGUGCCUCCGCACCACGAUACUAUCACAACCGAGGCAACAGCUCGGAAUCCAACCUCUCGACGUUUGCGAAUACGGGGUCCGGGCCGCCCUCCGGAAGAUCGUUUGUCGAAAAUCGCUCUGAAAGCCGAAGUGACAACAGGAAGAACGGGAUGGAUGGCUCACGGCCAGGGACAGGACUGUCUCGCUAUGAUAGUGUCGAUCAUCCUACCAGUGCGAAAGAGAAAAACUUCUUUAGCAACAUCAUCGGGAGAGCAAGGAAGAAGAAUCAUGAGAGCCAUCCUUCACCCGACGAUACCAGCCUUGACUCUCCGACCAGUCCUCAUGGACACGCACCGAGUAGCUUCUUCCGCAAAUCUGGCAUGAACUCUAGCGAGACGUCUCUUAACGAUCGCCCACCAUCUAGGCGCUCUGCUCAGACUGAUGCAGACAGCCGAACAGCUGCCCGGGGAAGGUCGAAUCAGCAUGGGGAUCGCAAGUACGCAUUCGUCACGCCAGACGGCUGGAAUUACCGGCUCGUGGACAUCACCAAUGUAGACUCGGCCGCUGCCCUACGCUCAACCUGCUGUGAGGAAUUGACCCCGGGACUAAGCAAGACGCCUGGUGUUGAGUUACACUUGACAAUGCCUGGUCAAUGGGAACACGAUGAUCCACUCAGUGACUCUCGACUCUUGAAAGCUAGAUCACAGCAAGGCAAUAAAGUUGGCGAACUCAAACUGUUCGUCAAAGUACCACAAGAAGGCACUUUCUCCGCAUCUACUGGUCUCGGAGUAUCAGUCCCACCGUCCGCAGGCAGGGGGUUUGAUAGAGAUACGUACGACCGCCUCAACGGUCCGGUACCUGAGUCUCCUGGCAUCAAAUCAGGCGAGUCUACACUUCUACCCGAUAAGAACAACCAGUUGCGCAUGGUAGCCGAGAAAUCCGACUUUAACCCAGAAGCCGUAUCUGAUCGGCUCCAACCUACUAGUCGGCCCAUGGAGUCAUCAUGGACCAAGGGUGACGAAAUGUCUGAACAAGAGCGCAGGCGAUUGCUUGAGAUUGCUGCGGAAGAACACCGAAAAGAAAACGAUCGCAAGCGAGACGAGUAUCUCAAAAGCCGCUUUGGGCACCUCAAAGGUCACAGUCCGGACCCUAUGUCUGCGAGUAACGAUAGUAUCAGCUACCGAAGCGGACGUGAGAUUAACUUCGACGAGCCGCGUAGUUCACCGUACGAGGAUAUCAACCGCUCUUUCGAACAACGUCCUAAGAAUAAGCAAUUGGUCCCUCUGCGAGAACCUCCACCGGUGCCUGCAGACAGUAGUACGCUUCUCAAGGCCAACUCACUAUCGAAGAGCAAAAGCAGGAAUUCGUGGCCCGAGGAAGACGAAGACGAAGCAAAGCGUCGCUCGACAGAAUCUGAUCCCGCCAAGAAGAAGGCGAUACCAUCAGGUCCAAGCGCAGGCCUCACAAGCAUUGCCGCCGCCAUUAUCGGGGCUGGUACCAUUGGAGCAGGUGUGGGUGCAGCAAACAAGGCGCCGCCAAAACCACCACCGAAGGAUGACUCAAGGUCUGUGUCACCAGAGAACAUGCGGCCUUCACAGAGGAUACUGCAGGAGAACGGGUUUGGUGGUUCGGAACCCAGCGCCACUGCCGAGCGCGAUUCGCACCCAAGCGACUUCAAUCCUACGUCUGCUGCCUCAGCAACUACGACUGAUGAUGAGGCGAACAGGUUCUCGCUACGACGCGAGUCGUUUGCUAGUGAUGUCUGGGCGAAUCGUCCCCCAGCAGAAGCCCUGGUGGAACACCUCGACGAAUUCUUCCCCAACGUCAAUCUCGACCAGCCGAUGCUGGAGGAAGAAGACGGAGAUGCCUCAGCAGAGGCAAAAACAAUACCGGCUGUUGAAGAGACUGGUACGUUGAAUGCAGGGCUCACUCGUGGCAAGGCUGGUAUGCAAUCCAUUGCUCAGCGCAACAUGAGGAAGUCUGGUGUUGGUCUCGGCCGCACAAAGUCCAUUCGUGAAGUGGUCAAGUCGCAAUACGAGCCCUUCAACAAGAACCAGCUGCCAGGUCGUUCGACCCCUAGUGCAUCCGGCCCAUCACGUGUAGCUACUCUGCGCAAUGGCGGUGAUAUCGUGCGUCGCAAGUCCACGAAGAUGUUUGGUGCCAGCAUCGAACAAGUCAAACCCCCUCGCGGCUCGCGACUUAUUCAACUCUCGACAAUCCCACAAGACCACCUUCCGGCUCUCCCGUCACGCCAGCCCACGUUCAAAUGGAUGAAGGGUCAACUGAUCGGUAAGGGUACAUUCGGUCGCGUCCAACGUGCGUAUGAACAUCACAACCGGUGA